CAGCUUGAAUCCACCUCCAGUGCUCCUCGCCUUGAUUCCAUCUGGUCUCUUGUGCACACAGUAUCUACCUUCCUUCUCUCCAUCACAUCAUCCAGCUCUCUUCCUUAACCAGUUAUAGUCCCGACAUUUAAAGUCCCUACUUUCAUCUCCGCAUUCCUGCCUCUCUUUCUCUCGCUGCCUCUGAACACGCCUUCCCCCUCUGCUCUUCCUUUGUCUUCGGUCAAUAGUAACAUAGCUUCCGCCGGCACCCUGGUAACCAACACCACUGGAAGUGGUCGUCGUUAACCUGGGCCCGACCGAUCCGGUAUGGAAAUCUCAUAAUUGAUGAUCAUCAUGUUUGAUUUGGCAAAGGUUUUACGCCGGAUGCCCUUCCCGACCGAAGAUGGGAGUGCAAUUUGUGACGGGGAACACCGGCACUGGGAGUACUCUGGCUUGUGGCCCCCUCGUGGCUGUGUUGAUUGGACGCUGUGCAGCGUGUGUGCUACAGCGAGUGUUACGCAACAAGCAGACUUCUGGGAGAUCCGGAUCCAGCCCAAGUGUAAUACUAAUCAUCAGGAUGGAGAUGCAACCUCGGCCAAAACUAUAUGACUUCCAUGGAGUCUCCAUGACCAAGAUUUUCACUGACAACUGGGAUAACAUACAGAACUUCAAAGCAAGACCAGAUGAUAUUGUCAUUGCUACUUACCCUAAAGCAGGAACCACGUGGGUCUCUUACAUCCUAGAUCUUCUGUAUUUUGGGCACAUGGGUCCAGACCGUCAGACAUCCCUCCCUCUUCAUGAACGAGUGCCCUUCCUGGAGCUCUGCGUACCACCUAUGCUUAUAGGUGCAGAAAUGGCAGACAAACUUCCCACCACUCCUCGUCUCAUUAAGAGUCAUCUACCAGUCCAGUUUAUGCCCAAGUCGUUCUGGGAGCAGGGCAGCAGGAUAGUAUAUGUGGCCCGCAAUCCAAAGGACAAUGCAGUGUCCUUUUACCACUUUAAUCGGAUGAACAAUGCUCAGCCAGAAGCAGGAGAAUGGAGCACCUUUCUGCAGGAUUUCAUGGAAGGAAAGAGGGUUUUCGGAUCAUGGUAUGACCAUGUGAACAGCUGGUGGGAGAAGAAGCAAAGUUAUUCAAAUCUUCACUACAUGUUCUAUGAAGAUUUGAUUGAGGACUGUGGACAGGAAAUAGACCGACUGUGUUCCUUCCUUGGUAUUUCUGCUUCAGCUGAAGAGAAGGAAAGAGUCAUAACCAGUGUGGCGUUUGACAGCAUGAAGCAAAACAAGAUGACCAACUAUUCCACAGUUCCAGUGAUGAACCAAGAGGUGUCUCCUUUCAUGAGAAAAGGGAAAGUUGGUGACUGGAAGAAUCACUUCACUGUGGCCCAGAAUGAGCAGUUUGAUGAAGACUACAAGAAGAAGAUGAAGUAUCCUGAUUUAAAGUUUCGCUUUGAAAUUUAGAGUCCUGGCUGGGUGUAAUAUAGUCCUCAGAAGUAAUAUGUGAUUAAAUAUUUUAACAAAUAAUCAAAUUAUAAGUUAAAAAAACACAAUUUCCUUAUAUUGUGAUGCUGAUGUGUACAAAUCAGAUCAUUAAAACAAAUCUUUAUUAAGAAUCUCUCUCUCUCUCUCUCUCUCUCUCUCUCUUUCUCUCUCACUCUCUCUCUUUCUCUCUCACUCUCUCUCUUUCUCUCUCUAAACACACUGUGACCUCUUUGCUCAUAAGCAGAAAUUUAGCCCUUAGACGUAGCUAUGGUUUGGAUGUUUCAUAUUUUUAUUGAUACGUGAUACAUCUAAAAGAGUCCCGUGACACAGCAGGUUUCAGACUGUAACCUUUUAAUUUUCUCACCACACCGUCCCACCAGGGUGAGGCAGAUUACCUUUCUCUCGAUGUUAAACCACGUGUUUAAUUUGAUUCUUUGAUUCUAUGAGUUUCCAGUGAUGUGACCCCUUAUUUUCUUUAUGUUUCGCUUCCAAGCAGCCAGACCAUCUUGUAAUUUUGAAGAGAUCUUGAGCAGUAGUUCUGUUGUCUUUCUGGAAGUAUUUUAUUGGACAUCAGCUACUGAGGAAUGUGUUUGUGUAUUUGUGUUUUUUUGUUUAUGGAUGUUUGACCACUUAAUGCUGACCUGUGAAUUAUUCAAGUAUUAAAGAGCCAUCUAACUCAAGGGAUAAACCAGUCUUUUGUCUACAGAUAACUUAUUAAAGAACCGAUUAGAAAUUGUAUCUGUUGGCACUUUGUUACUAGGAGCCUCUUCUUUUAUGCACGCAAACACCUAUGUAGUCAAUUUCUUUAGCUGAAUCUACCAAGUCUUCAAAUGAACACUAGUUAUAUCUCAGGAGAGUGCGCCAUGUGUCUUUAACAAAUCUGAAGAAGCUGGACAUGUGAAGGUGUGUCAUCUGUCAAAAACCCAAGGAAGUGAAACAAGGAAACAGUGCCGGUUCUGGCAUCAUUUGGCACUGCGUUUUAGCCAAUGCUGUUGGAGAUUUAUGAACACAGAUAAAUAACAUCGGAUUCAGGGAAUAGAUGUAAGCCUUCCUCUUUCACUUCAGCUCCAAAAGUGAAAGAGCGAUGCCCCCUGGUGUUUGUGGAAAGUAAUGACCUCCUUUUAAAGAAAGCUCAGCUGAGAUGUCCUUUCAGCUGAAAAACAGGAAAGGGGCAACUGGAGGAGGGCCACAGUGAGGCCAGACAUUUCAAAAUUAAAGUCAGUAGAAGUUCCCCACUUUGUGAAAACUUCAUGUAAAUAGUUUUACAAUUCUGUUUUAGGGAUUUCAUAACCUGUGGUACGGUACAUUAAGAGAUUUAAAUACUUGGUUAAGAUCUUCAAGCUGCUGGAAGAGCACUGAAAGUAGAUGACUGUGAUCUUAGGGACACUUCUGAAAACCACUGUCAGUGUCAAGUGGAAAUGAAGCUCCUUUAGACGAAGAAAAAAAGAAAGAAAACCAAAACAAACAUGAUCCACUUUACUGAGAAAAGGUAAAAAACUAUCCUGGGAUUUCACAAGUCACAAUUUGAUAUUACUUGUUGGAAAUUAGUAUUUAUUACAGGACAGCAGUCAUCCAACUUGUUAUUGGUGGGUAGUUAAUGCUAAAGUGGUCUGCUUAUAAAGUCUGUGCAUGUAACUCCUGAAAACAAAUGUAUUUUGAAAUAGUCACAGCCACUGAAGUGAGAUGUAUUUACAGUUUUUUUAGUUAU